CUUGUUUACCAUGUGUAAAUAAAUAAGUUGUUCCUACCGUUUAAUAGCCAGAGUUAACCGGUAACAACUCUCCUCGACUCUGCUCCAAAUCAUGGUACCUGGGGUUAUGACGUCACUCACAUGCGCGUGCGGCUUUGUCGUCUGCUACACAGGGCAGCUGGCCUUCUUCUGCUUGGUCUUCGCCGAGUUUAGAAAGCUUUACCACGGUCCAUUGAUACGUCCAAUUUGAAAAAGCACAUCAAGGUAUGUUUGCUAGCUUCGGGCCAAGCUGAGUUCUUUUUGUAACGAAGCUGUAGAAAUUUUUAGCGGUAGGCUUGCUUUGUGCUCUGUUUGCUCCAGAGGAAGCGAAAAAGAUAUGCGAGAUAUCGACCAAAACGCCUUUAGUAAAUAUGUAAAAAUGGUUUUCCAAAUUAUAGCUUGGAGGAGACCUACGUGUCACAUUCAUUGCAUGCCAAUUUAUUAUUUUGUUAUGAUUACUUGCGUAGCAUAUAUGUCCACACGAGACUUUUCAAGUACGUCAUCAACGACGCUGUUCGUAUUAACGUGUGCGUCAGUGUUAUAGGUUUGACUAUCAAAUACCACUUUUGCUUUUAUAUAUAGAAUGUUCAUCCUUCGAAGCUAGAGGAGCUGAAUAGUUUGCUCAGCAGGAAGCGUUCCUGUGACACAACCAAGGAAAACGUAUCAAAGCAGCCACGACUGGAGGUGUUUAGCCAAAGGAUUCCACAAGAAAAGUACGACAAGCUGGUGGAAAACUUUGUAAUCGAUAGCCCUCAGCCAUUCUCCGUAGUGGACGAACCAGCGUUCCGUGUGCUUCUGGAAACACUAGCCCCAACGUCUAAGUUGAUGACGCGACGAGUCCUGAUGACAAGGCUUGAUAAGAGGCUUGAAGAUAUGAAGGAACAUCUUGUUCAAACCUUCGAUGCCGUCGAAUGUGUUGCAGUCACUGCAGACUGUUGGACGAGCUUUCACAGGACCCUCCUGGGUGUUAUGGCACUCUGGCUAGAGCCAGAUAGUCUAGAAAGAAGAUCGGCUGCACUGGCCCUUCGGCGCCUUACCGGUAGAGUGACGUACGACAAACUGGCAGAUGCCCUCUCAGAGGUGUUCCAAGAAUACAAAAUCCGUGGCAAGGUGACAAAGGUGAUAACCGACAAUGGGCCAAACUUCAUCAAAGCUUUCAGGCUAUAUGGUGGAGAAGCGGAGGUGACAGAUUUCGCCGGUGAAGAGCCAGUGGAAGUGGGCAGGUUGAUGGAUGACGCCGAAGAUGCUGGCAUCCGGCUUCCUCCACAUCACCGUUGCGCAGCUCACACGCUCAACCUGGUAGCCACCCAUGAUGCUUCCCGCGCGGAGAACGAUGCCGAAUUUGCCAACGCAUCGAAAAGCGCAAUCAAGAAAUGCACCGCGCUGUGGAAUAGGCAAGGUCAGUCAACAGCCGCAGCUGACAUCAUUAAAAGGCACUGCGGUAUAUACCUAGUACGACCUGUCGCCACUCGAUGGAAUUCACUGUACGAUUCCCUCGAGUGUAUUCUGAGGCUAAAGGGGCAGGGAGUUGACCUCAACACCUUGCUGUGCACACUUGGACUCCCACUUUUCCAAUGCCCACAAGACGUGACAUUCAUUGAGGAAUACUGCCCGGUUAUGAAGCCUGUAGCUCGUGCCCUGGACCUUCUACAAGGCGAGAAAACGAUGUACAUGGGGUACAUGCUGCCAACAAUUACAGUCCUCAGGCGGAUGCUUGAAUAUCAAGCUAUGAAAGGGCUUAGAUACUGUGGUCCACUGGCUGCUGCCCUUCUUGACGGUCUCCACAAAAGGUUUGAACACCACAUGCAUGAUGAUACCCUUCUGGUAUCGUCUGUGGUCACACCGCGCUUCAAGUUGGCCUGGAUCACAGAGGAGGAGAGGCGCAAGAUCACCAUCGAACUUGUUAAGGCCCGAAUGGACAGUCAGCCACUUUGCCACCAGCCUAACAAACGAUCCAGCGCGCACAACGACUAUGCUACAGCAGAAGACUUCUUCGCAUUUGGAAACGCGACAUCCCACUCGAAUCCCGACGACGAGGAACUAUCGCGCUUCCUCCUGCUCCCUGAAGACUUCAAGCUUGCUUCCCUCAAGGCCAACUUUCCCAACGUACACCGUAUUUUCAUCAGGACGAACACGGCGUCUAGCGCGUCAGUCGAGCGUCUUUUUAGUGUUUGUGCAGACACGCUCACAAAGAAGCGCACAAAAAUCACUGACGGUAAUUUUGAGCGACAGCUCUUGUUAAGAGUCAACCGCAAUGUUUAAUUCAAUAAACUAAAAAAAAAAGUUA